CUGGUCACAUGAUGCAGUCGUCGACGGUUCGUCAGUUUCACUUUCAAUGAAUGGAGAGGAACGGGACCCGCCUCUCUUCACUGUUUUGUUCCACUGAAACCUCUCACUGCAAUGAGCGACUUAUUUUCUUAUGAGAAAUACUUCCAGAUUUUGGACCAACUACCGACCGUAAGUAAGGCUGUGAAGUCAAUUUAGUUGAUAAACUCUAUCUUUUCAUUUUCUACCGGAUUAACCUUCUGGGGAUUUAUUUAUUUUUGGUUGACAUCAAAUCAAAGCCGCUGAAAAAAAAAAAAGAAAAAAGAAUCGUUUUACCAUGGAUAUCGAUGAAGAUUUCGAAGUUGCAUUUCUGGCCGGAGAAAAAUCCAAUCCGAUAACACAUCAUAGAAGUGCCCCUCCUAGUCCGACUGGACAUGGGAAUAUGAUGAAUAAUGAAUUUCAUACAUCGCAUUCUACAGAUGAAGCUUUCAUCAUUGUCCCAAAUGAUGUAGAAGCGCAUAGAAUUACAAAUAAUUACUUGUUUGGUUUUAAAAAAUGGAAGAGUCAUAUUUCUACGAGGCCUGUCGAAAAUCGUUCCGAAAUAGUUCAAAAUCUUUACUCCGAUGUAAACAAACCGAGUCUACCCGUGCGGGUAUCAACGUUGAGACCCACCAAUGUAAUUUAUGUUUUGUUAAUCGGAUGGUGGCUUUCUUUAGUCUAUGUUAUAGCUUCGAUAGUCAUGUUUCUAACAUAUUUCGGACGAUCAUAUGGCUUUUUCUGCAUGAAGAUGGCCCGUUAUUUUUUGUGGCCGUUUGGCUAUUUUGUACACUUAGUGGAUACACCUCCUCCUUUAGAACAUUCUGAUGAAGUUUGUGAAGUAACUGCUUCACAGUUGUCCGAAAACUAUCAAGAAAGUGAUGAGAGAACGAGCCUUCUUUCAAAUAGUUUUUCUGCCCAACAACUAAGUCGAGAGCGCUGGAGGUACUGGACUAAACCGAAAACCUAUUUGUGGUUAAUUAUCGCAGUGCCUGUUUUAUUCGUUUGCCAUUCUGUAAUAGUUAUCGUUACCUGGUUGCUUGUAGUGACCAUACCUAUUGCUAAAAUAAAUAUCAAAACUAUUCAAAAACUGUUCUUCCUACCUCCGGAACAAGUGGACGUCUGUAAUUCGAACGUGAUGCCUUCAAACAGCAAGAAACAGAACGGUGAAAUUAUCAUGUACACGCAUCAAUCAGUGAACAUUUAUUAUUACAAAUAUGCUGUGGACGGUAUGAAUGUUAUUCUUGUUAAUUUGUUGCUAUUUGUUAUUGCAGCUUUAGUUUUGGGAUUAGCCGAUACUCAAGAAAAGAUCUCCCCCGUGGUAAAAUGCCUUAUGGCAUUGUUUGGUAUCGUGCCGCUCACCUAUUACAUAGGCGCCGGCAUCACCAGCAUAUCAGCUCAGAGCAGUUUCGCUGUCGGAGCUUUACUAAAUGCUACUUUCGGAUCCAUUGUUGAAGUUAUACUCUACGUAAUCACUCUCAAGAAGGGGCAGGAGCAAAAUUCCGCUUGUUAUCCAGAACUGGUCAAGUCUGCCGUAGCUGGUACCAUAUUGGCCACUAUGUUGUUAAUCCCCGGUUUGUGCAUGGUGAUUGGUGGUCUCAAAUAUCAAACGCAAAGAUUUAAUCCCCGUUCUACAAGCGUCGGGGCUUCCUUGCUGUUUGUGUCAGUUGCUGGUGUUUUUGCACCGACUUUGUUUUCAGCUAUCUAUGGCGAUCUCCAUUGUUCCAAGUGUGAGAAGGUCGAACCUUGGAUUCCUAUUAACAGUACUUCGAGCACGAUCUCAAAUGGUUCUGUCGGUAUGCAGUGUUCGGAAUGCAGCCAGUCUUUGUUUGGCUUAGAUGGUGACACAACUCUCUAUGACAACCACAUCCAGCCUCUUGUCUAUACAUGUGCCCUUUUGCUUCCAAUUUCUUACUUCAUUGGGUUAAUCUUCAGCAUGAAAACACAUUUUGGCCACGUAUACCAUGACUUCUACAAUCAGAUGGCUGAAGAAGGUUCGUCCCAUCGUUCUCACCGACAUGGUUCUCCUCAGUGGUCCCGGCUGAAGUGUAUCUUUAUUUUGUUCGCCUGUACAGCUCUCAUAUCUCUUCUUGCUGAUAUCAUGGCCAAUAACAUCCAACCACUGAUGCAGUCAUUGCACAUAUCUGAAUACUUUAUCGGAGUCACCUUGAUUGCAGUUCUACCUGAAUUGCCAGAGAUUGUUAACGGUAUCCAGUUUGCAUUACAAAAUAAUGUUGCCAUGGGAAUAGAGAUUGCAAUGAACACUGCCAUUCAGUGUUGUCUCCUGCAGGUGCCCAUAUUAAUUCUCAUUGAUCUCAUCUAUUCCUUCAAACUCUACAUGAUCUUCAGUGAUGUUCAUAUGUUUUCUGUGAUCUUCUCGGUAAUCGUCAUGAACUACACACUGCAAGAUGGACGCAGUAACUAUUUCCAAGGAUCAGCCCUCCUCUUAAUCUACCUUGUACUGAUGGCUAUGUAUUUUUUCACUCCAACUCCCAAAUUAGUCCAGUGUUGAAAAGGUAGAGUAUCAAUCACCUGAAACUAAAUUUGAUUCCUGGUUGUUGCCAUUUCACAUCAGUUAUUUUGUCACUUAGUAUCCUUGGUACAGGUACGAGGAUCGCAUAACUUCAUUAUCCCUUCCCCACCUCCCCAUAAUCCUUUCCCUUUAAUAGAAUUGUUGGCUUUGUGCCUUCUCUGCAUUUCAAAUGCAUUCUGAAAACCGCUCAAUUUACUUGUGACAUUUUUAUUAACUAUAAAACCCUGUAAGUACUCUUAACUUAAUUUACCAACUCAAACAAACAAACUAUUUAUUUUGUGUUUAUACUGAUUGAAAAUUGUUUUAUAUUUGUUGCCUUUUAAUUUAAUUCUUCCUUGUUCUCGUCCUCCAUGAUUAUUAUAGACAAGAAAAAAAACAAAACAAUAUUUGAACAAAAUGAAAACAAAAAUAAAACAAAAACCACAAAUGAGUGAAUUUUAAAAAAACCCCACCAAAUCAGCCAUUUCCAAACAGUUCAAAUAAUCAUUUUGUUCUUGUAAUAUCCUGCAUUAUUCAUGUCCCGUUUGUAUUUUAUUUUUAUUUUCAUAAAUUUUAUUUUUUGCCUUAAAAACAAAUGUAUAUUUA